AUGCACGACUGCAAAGCCUAUAACCCGGCUCCGUCAGAGGAGCGUCUACUUUGUCUUGGUCAGUUGGCGCAGUCUCAGGUCCUCGAGUUUUCCGAAAAGGUGGGCGACCAGUCCGCGCCUCGAGCACGAGCCGGCCCUGGAGAGUCUCGCCCUGAGAAGCUCCAGUGCUCGACCGUCAUGCACGCCUGGCAGAGCAACUGGGCCUUUACGAACGGCAGCCUCUCCUCUUUCUCCUUGGACAGCAUAAGCUGGUCUGCUGUCUGUCCGUCAGCCGCCUCGUCGUAUAUCGCCUUAAAGAAAUUGGGAGGGACGAUGGAGGAGCUUGUGGUUGUACGAGGUGUGACUCUAUCCUUUGCUGCCGGAAACAGCCGAGACUCUGAAUCAAACAGCGCCACCACCUCCGAGAGCGAUGUGUUGAGAGGUGCGAAGAGAGGCACUGGAGAUCGAGCGCCUGGGUGUAAGGAACACGGUGAGAGGAAACGUCUGGGCGGCAAUCUGAUCAUGGUAGAUGCCUUGGUCUGUCAUACUGAACCCCUGGAUCGGUUCUGGCGAUGGCGGGACAAGGCUGCCGACGUUUUUGACGAAGGACUCCAUCACCCCAUUGGCGAGGUCGAUGUACGGGAUCAAGACGUUUGUGUUGAUACAGGACAGCUGCAGAGUCCACAGGCCCGGUCGUGCAGCAAGCUUGUCAAAGAGACUUGGAGAGGUUGGCUUGGUGGGAUUUCUAGGGGUGUUUUAAGCAUCCGGAGGUCAACCUCGUCACCUGCUCCGAGGGAGCUACAGCCGGUGCCGCCAAAGAAGUUGACGGAGCUGGAUCUCAAGGCGGCGAGCGAGACGUCGUUUCUAGACGCCAGGAGCGCCCCGACACCAAGCUGUGUAGAUGGUCGCCGUCGGCUACUCGGCAAACAGCCUUACCUGGAACUCCUGAACGCCGGCUCCAUCGCGACUGAGAAGAAUGCUGUAACACCGUGCAACAUCAGUAGCUCUGUCCAAUGCUGCGAUGAGGGCGAGUCAGCUUUGCGACUCGGAGGAGUUGCCUGCACUUGUGCCAAUAGCAUCAAUGGCCUGAGAAAUACUUCUGGUGCUGUAGAGAGCGGCGAAGAGUCUGAUGUCGUCCUGUACGAGACCUUGCAGGAGCUUCUUGCCCUCCUUCGGCUGGCUCUCAACGGCUCUUUACGCGAGGAGGAGUAUGCCAUGGACGGCACUGCCGCCGCUCACCGUACAUAUUAUAUCAAAGAUUAUGGUGUCAGCGUCAAGAUUCUCCAACAGCAUGGUAUCAGCGACGGGGCUCUGGAUGACCAGCAUAUCCAGCACGGCAUCACCCUCAAGAUGGAUGACUACGGCAACAUUCUCAGCUCGGUUCAAAUAUACGGGCGAGCGGCGGGGAAGUCACCGCUCGAUGGAGAGCCUAAGAAAUUGCAGGAGACCAUGCGCAUAGCGCUUGACAUGUUGUACACCAGCGCUGUGGAGGACAGUCUUGAGUACCAUACGCCGCUGCAAAAUUCUGCGGCCAAGUUUGAGCUUUUUGGUAUCGCCAUCAAGGACGGCCAAGUGAGGUACCAGCCCGACGAUUUCAUUCUUCGCCAGUUCAGCGAGGUGCCUUCCGAAGGUCCAAUCGCCGACGAUGCCCUUGCAAAGCGCGUCAUGACCAAAAGCCUCACCUUGUUCCGCAAGAACGAUCCGACCGCCAUAUUGGGCCAAGACGAGCUAGACUUCAGGGCAUUGGAGGGCAUAUCGUACACUCUCUCUGACGCCGGAACUCCUUGCAAAGUAUCAGCGCGCUGGCAAAGCCUUGAUCCCAGACAAAGCAAAUAUCCUGGGCAAAACUUACAACUGCGACGCCGUCCGCCGCACCCGGAUCUGCCCAAAGCCACUUCCUCACACCGCUCCGGAUCACCGACCCUUAUGGCUCGGUUUGCACGAAUUGAGCUCGACAGUUACCUCCUGACCUUCAAGAGCAGCACCGAUGCGCUUGGGAAUGUCUCAAGUUAUGUGCACGGCUACCGCAUCAUGAAGCUGGUGCUCGAGACGGACCCGAAUGGGAACCGCUCGGCUUACAAGUACGACUGUCUCAAGCGAUUGAUCGCCAGCUCAGUCACGGGAAAAGCGAACGAGCAAAUUAGCGACUCACUACAAGACAUCCACCAGAGCUGGCAGAGCACGAAAGAGCAGAUUUUGCCGUGGAACCCCUAG